AGCUUUCUUAUUUGUGGGCUUCCUGCUCCUGGUCGUUGCUGAACCUGUUUAAUAGCACUGCACCCUCACUAUACUUAGACCACCAUAGAAGAAAUCUUUUGUACUUGUGCUUGCCAAGAAACAAGUAGUAGGUGGACAAAGAAUUCUUCUACUUGCGGAAAAUAAGACUUCUUUCUUGCAUUCUUCGUCUCAACGAAAACAAGUCAUGCCGCCGGACAAGAAAACUAAUAACAACAACAAGCGGAACAAGAACCAGGUGCGUUCCACCACGACAAAUGGGAAAAAGAAGCCCGCUGCAAGCUCCGCGUCUAGUUCUGCUAAAGCAGCACCAGCAGCACCACCAGUAGGAGGUAACGCGAAAAACAAUAACCGAAGCAGCAGCAACAGUAGCUCUACGGGACAACCUGCUAAGAGAGGAGGACAAAGAGCAGGGGCCAGUACUAGCAUAUCAAGUGUAAAAAUGUCUGGGUCUGGAAACUUGUGAUGCUGUGUGGCAUAUCAUGAGGAGGCCACACUUGCUGGCUCAGCAUGACAAGUUUCUGAGCUUCUAGGUGUUGCCUAUUCUGCAUGACAAACUACGUUUCUGCAUGACAGAAAAGUGGGGCUCUUUGGUAAUGUGCAUGACAGAUUUAAGAGUCAUGCCAGACAAGCAUGACAAACUUGCAUUCUUCCAGACCCAGACAUUUUUACAUUUGAUAGAGCAUCAAAACGAGCAACGAACGGCAUGAAGUAGAUAGUACUCAGCAAGAAGUCAACAUCCCCAAUACGACCGCCGUCGCCGCAUCGUCGUCUUCUGGCGCACCAGCAGCAGUAUCAUCUGCGCGUGGUCGGGCGAAGUCUGCUGAGAACGUUGAGAUGGGUCUCGUGGAAAAGAACAACACACGAGGAAAAACGACUAUGAAACGGAAGAAUAAUAACCCAGGACCGGCCGCUUCAUCUUCCUCCGCGACCUCCUCUGGUACUUCCACUUCCAACAACGUUUUAUCAAUGCAGGCGGAGCAAAACGAUGCUGACAACGACAGCAGAAACAAAAAGCAAAAGCGAGCUACUAGUGUCGGAACAAGUGCAGCGACCGGGGACAAAAUAAAGUAGUAUCCACGACAGGAAUACUAAAUCUAGUAUCCCGUAGACGUACUGAACUGCAAAUGGCAACAUCUCUACUGCAGGCAAGCAAGAGCGUUCUUUCCGCUCCUACCUUUUUUCAGCCUUGUUAUGAGGUGGCGACAGUUCAUCUUGCUGUACGUUGUACGUGUGCGGGAAUAGAUAGAAAUUCAUUUUCACUACUGCAUAAAAGCUACGAGAAGGGGCAACAGCUGCAAAGCAGUGGUGCCGAGUUCUUGACAGAGGAGGAGGUCGACCAAAUGUCGGAGCAAGACCAGGUAAAGUGGGCGCUGCAGCAGAGCCGCGAGCAAGCCAAGCUCGCCCAAAUGUCGGAGGAAGAGCAGGUGAAGUGGGCGAAGCAGGAGAGCCUGCGAGCCAGCGAGAGUGUAUGCAGAUUGCAAAUAUCGAUCUGGGUCUGCUUUGUGAUGCGAAAUUUUGAAGGACAGCGAGGAUUUGUGACCACGCAUAUUACAUGCAAUGCAGAUUUGAUUACACGUUCGAGCUUUGACUUUCCAGACCCGGGAGCAGACAACAUAUUUGCAAUGCAUAAACACAACCGGCGAGCAAUUCUGGCAUUGGAGGCUCUGGCAGUGGUGGUAGUAAAAAAUCAUCUUCUUCCGCGUCGUCCAGCAGUACAAAUCACUUGGGCAGUGGAAAUAAUAAAACGAACCUCGAAAAAAUGAGUUCACACGAAACCAAACCCAGCAAUGUCGAUGUAGUUGUCCGUCAAGCUGAUGAUACUAGUAAGCAGGACCAUUUCGUCUACAAGAACUUCUCUUCUUCUCGACUUCACUGUGGUGCAAAAAGUUUGGGUAGUUGCUCCUUGCACGAUAAAAAAGAUGCGGUACUUUGCGACAGCAACUGGCACGAACUCGACGGAGUUGGGGUGGUGCUGGUGCAGUUUGCGUGCGAUGUUGAUCGAGGCGGGAAUAAAAAUCAGGUGAUUACAACCAUCCCCUACCACUGCGUGAAAAACAAACCGGCAGUAGAGUGGUUAGAACAGGUCGUCGUGACAGUCAAGUGGGUUCGCGGGAGCUCCGGAUGUAACGGCACCUACCACUUUUUCCACUACCACGAGAAAACGAAGCCACCAAUUUCCAAAGCAGAAGCGGCAAGCGGAUUCUACCCCGCUGUGUGGCGCAACAGCGAAGGGUUUGUUUUCUGGGCUGAUUUGGAAACAAGCAUCCGGCGAACACAACCAGACAAAUAUCCGGUGUAAAAACAGCUCCUCCCCAGACUUGAUGUCAUGCAAAAAUCUGCAAGCCCGGCCCCCGCCAAAUGUGUCUCAUGCGCAAGAACCCUUUGCAUGGGGAACAAAUCCUCGUGCUAUCUAAGAGGAGGUUGUAAUGCUAGAGUCAGGAUAAGACGAUCGAUCUGUGAUGCGGCUUCGCAUGCUAAAAGAAGUUUGGGUUUGACUGCGAGUCCAAACUUGUCAUGCGAGACAGCCAAUAAAACUUGUUGGUCUAUUGUGUAGCGAAUUGAUAGGCUUGACAACUCUGGGGCGAAGGUGACGUAUUUGCACAGGACAACGCUCUUGCGGAUUUGUGCACUCUUGCGGAUUUUUGGUUAAGCUGCGACGUCGAGUUUUCCGGGGGAACAGGUCGCCUGGCGAAAGAGCACGAGUUUUUGGACUACAUCGACAGACUGCGCCAAAGUUCUCACGCUGGUUCAUUUCUGUCACGACCGAGCAGCAAUAUUUUUAAUAAAGCGGACAAAAAUAAAACUUCUCCUCGCAGCAACAGCUCCUCGUCCUUUCAGCCCCAACGCCUCAUCGGAAAGUCGUCAUUUCUCCCGCCAGCACGAAUUGUUUCGGAGAAAGCUACUGCGUCAGGCACGUCGUCCAGUAGCAGCAGCACGGGGACGGGCAAAAAAGAACCCUUCAAGAAUAACGAAGGGAAGCAAACUGCAACGGUUUCCAAUUUUGGCGGGCUCGACCCCUCCACGAACCUUCUCUCCUCGUCAAAGCACAUGAUCACGGCGAUGACUAGUGCGAAAGCAGCAAAAGCCACCGCUUUCGGUUUCGGCGGUCGUGCCACCUCGUCUUCAUCUGCGUCGAGCCACGACCUGCGCCACAGCGUUCCGGAGCUGUCCGUGCCGAGGCCAGCUGCGGUUCUGAGGCCGCUAUCGGGUCCCGGCGCGGUAUCAGAGUGCACAUACCUCCCCUCCCCCUCAUUUUUUGUCACGCAGAAUAGUACCAAUUCGUCCACCCUUUGUCAGCCUCAUAGCACUAUUGGCAUGACAAGGCUUGAUUGUCAGCCCAAGCAGGACCACUACAAUCCUGCGUAGCAAAUGUGUCAUGCAAAACCUGCACUCGUGCGGAUGCUUGUCUUGCUGGUGUUCAUGCCCAAUACAAAUGAGGGAGAGGGGGGGUUGCUUGUGCACUUUCACACGCAGCAGGAGACGAAGAGGAACACACAGAGCAAGGUAUCCUGAGUCAAAACGUCCCCACACCAGAGGCAAACGCAAAAUGGGAAAUCUGCUAGACAAAUAAAACCUUCUUGGUGGCUGCGCAUGAAAAGAUAGGCGUCGCAGUGUAAUCCUCUUUAGCUAGCUCCAGCAGCAUCACAGACUCCCGAAUUCCAAACACGACUAGAAAACGCGUCCCAUUGCACUCCGCAUGAGAAACAUUUUUUACCAUGCAGAUUUGCGCGACAAAGACAAGAACUCUGGGGAGAUGGGGACGUUUUUACACAGGAUACAAGGCUGGCGCACAAGCACAGCUACGCCCGGGUCCUGCUACGUGCAUCUGACGCCAACGACCUUGGGCGAUCCGUCUUCGAGAAAAGAGGACCAAGCAACGACGCUGGACGAAGAAGAUCCGUCUUUGAAAGAAGAAGAAGUAGCUCUGACGGUCUUACCUAACUCCAAACAACCCGCCUUCCUCCACAUGAAGAUGCAGCCUGCUUCCGCGGGUACAGGAGAAAGUAAAAAACCUCCUUCUAACACGCGCAUUUCUACUCGUUCCUUGAAAGUCGUAACUUCCUCUUCCUCGUCGUCUUCGCCAACCUACAACAAAGCCAACGCGGACCCCACAGCAGCUGCAUUUGCAGGGAGUCAUACCACGACCGCAUCAUCCGCAGCACAGAGCAGGCUCUCCUCUUAUUUCCCGCGAGAAAGAGGACUCCUAGAAUGGUGGGAGGACAACAACUCGAGUAGUUCAACUUCGGCUACUAGUAAAAAUGCGCCACCAGUGAAGCGGAAGCCGACCCUCGCCUAUGCUAGUGCGCUUUAUGGUGUCCGAAUUUUCGAUCCUUCCUCGUCCGUUGAGAAGCGCCUGCAGGACGAAGCGAAAAAUGCCUACGAGGUGCUGAUGCAGCGAGACGAGCUCAACGAACGAGCAAAGGCGUUUCGAAAGAUACGAGAGGACAUCUUAUUACAGCGAAAAAUGCCCCCACCCCCAAAGUUCCAAAAAUUUGUGAUGCGAAGUUUCCAAAUGAAAACUUUUCGUCACGCAUGAAAGGAGUACGAAUCCUUCUGAUGCAGAGUCUACGCGUGUAUCACAUCGCUUGCAUGACAAGCGCCGCUUCUGCUAGGGUCUUUUGCAACACAAAUUUUUGCUAUUCACGAUAGGAACAAACCUGUGAUGCUGAUAGAUGCAAGAGGGCGAAUGUUUCAUUUGGAAAGGUUUGCAAUACAAAUGCUCCCAAGUUCGGGGGUGGGGGCAUGUUUCAUUGUAACACAUCGAAAACCUGGUUUACAAGUACGACCCCUCGCAGCCGAACCUCGCCCUAUUCUGAGGAAAAAUCCCCCCUCCCCAUAUCAAAACGAAGUUUCUGAUGCUGGAUUUGAGUACACAAAUCAGGUUUGUCUUGCAGAAAGUGCGUGGCGGCAUUUUCUGAGCCUGUUUGGGUAUGCGGAAGGCUAGCAAUUACACAUGGCAAACAGGUCUGCAGUAGCCGAAAGCGCAUGACAGAUUGGCUUUGGAAUGCGCCACACGGCUCCUAUUGCCCUAUAGGCAAGACAAAGAUGAUUUGUGACCCCAAAUCAGCAUUACAAAUUUCCAUUUUGAUAUGGGGAGGGGGGAUUUUUCCUUUUGAUACGCCCAGAACAAAAACGACUGCAAGUUGCGGGUAGCUCUGGCUGCGCUCAGUCACAAGAAUAAGGGGCUCAGGGAAGCAGCUGAAGCACACAAGAAAACUGGCGACCGGUGGAUACAGCGAGACCUCUCUUCACUCGUAGAAAACAAGUUGAAGGUUUGGGAGGUUGAUGUUCGGAGGCGUAAUUUCUCCCAUUUUCCCUCCCGUCUCAUGGAUGAGUACUUGGACUCCCGCCCCGCCCGUGAUCCCAGGAAGCCCGUCGGUGACGUAGAUCUGCCCACGAGAACCCACGUCUGCAAUAAGCUUCGGCAUUUCCACGAAUCUGCCAGCACUGCUUUUCGCGGGUACCCCAGUCUCUACGAACGCGUCCAACGUGCGCGCGUGGCCAACUUAUCAAAUGCAAAAAUGUCUGGGUCUGGAAGAUUGCGAGGCUUGUCAUGCUUCUCUGGCAUGACUAAAAAGUUUGCGAUGCGUGUCCAAGAAGAGACCCUUUUGCCUGUCAAGCAAAACCGCAGUUUGUCAUGCGAAAAACGCAACACAAAGAAGCACAGAUAUUUCAUCUCAUGCUUGGCUGUGCAUUACAGAGCAUUCACUAUUCCCAACGCAGCAUUACAAGUUUCCAGACCCAGACAUUGACAUUUUUACACUUGAUACAACAUUCGCGACCACAAAUUACGCACUCUGUUGGCGGACGGGCUUGUGUUGGCAGGCGAUGAACUGGCAAAACUCUCAAGUACAUUUGAAGAGUUGCACUCUCAGUGUCUUCAGAGUUUUGUAGACGGCGUAUCCUAUGUAAAAACGUCCCCACCCCAUAGCCAAGAUGGAGACCCGGCUAGACAAAUCCACAGGCUUCGGCUGUUUUGCAUGACAAAUUUGGACUCGUAUUGUAGUGCUGUUUGAGCUAGCUCAGCAACGUCACGGAUCUUCUAUAUCAAGCUGGUUGGAGCAUGACAAAUUCUAAAACACGACUGGAAGACGCUUCUCAUGCAGCUCCCUAUGAGAAACAUUUUCAGCAUGCAGAUUUGCAUGACAACUCUGGGGUGGGGACAUUUUUAAAUACGAUACGGCGCCGUAGUCAUCGACGUGUACGUGCGACGCGAAGCGGAGCUCCAGAUCCUCGGUUACACCAACGCGAUCACCGUCCACAAGCUCUUGCGGGACCGCGCGUUGGUAUCAAGUGUAAAAAUGUCUGGGUCUGGAAGAAUCCAACUUCUCAUGCUGAAUUUGGACUCUAAAAAUUCUAUCUGUAUUGCAUGAGCAGCAAAGAGAGUCCAAGUUUUGCUACACGGAAAGAGCAUUUGUCAUGCGGUAUAGGCAUCAGGAAGCCCUCACAAAGUCUGUGAUGCUAGGGCAUGCAUCACAGACAUCAGGAUUCAUGCAAAAUGUGCAUGACAAACCUGGCAAUCUUCCAGACCCAGACAUUUUUACAUUUGAUAGUUGGCGCAGGUCGACAUUUUCGACAACGUGGUCCAGAAGCGUCUCCCGGAGGACGUAAAUGGUGUCAUCGCGGAUUUUCUCUAUCCCACCCUGGUGCCGUCGAUUCCGAGGAACGAGCCAGAGAAGUUAACGCGUCCGCCGCGCGACCAGGUGGAAUUGGUGGUGCAGCAGAUAUUGCGAGCCAAGAUGUACAUAUUCGCUGCAAGUAUCGAUCUGGAUCUGGAUUUGUGAUGCGAAUUUUUGAAGACAGCAAGGAUUUUGAUUAUUUCUGAUGCAUAGAAUACCAUUGGACAAUUUUUUGUCAUGCGGUUUGUGACGAGGGGAUGCCGUAUAAAAGAUCGCUCUGUCAUGCAAUACACAGCAACACAAAUUCCCGCUGCGUCUAUCCAGACCCAGACAUAUUCGCCAUGCAUAGGAGGGUGGAGAGCCGGAAGAAUUUGCGUUGGCCCUCGACAUUGACCGGCACAAGAAAAAACAAGAAAUGGACAAGAACUUCGCGGAUUUUCUGGAGGGCAAGAAGAGGCUAACGGAUCUUCCGUCUUUCAGCGAGUGCGGCGGAAAAGUAGCAGACGAAUUUUGCAAGUGGCGGAUAUCAAGUGCAAAAAUGUCUGGGUCUGGAAGAAUGCAAGUUUGUCAUGCUUGUCUCACAUGACUCUUGAAUUUGUCAUGCACAUUGCCCAAGAGCCCCAUUUUUUUUUUCCUGUCAUGCAGAAACGCAGUUUGUCAUGCAGAAUAGGCAACACCUAGAAGCUCAGAAACUUGUCAUUCUGAGCCAGCGCCUGCGGCCUCCUCAUGAUACGCCACCCAGCAUCGCAAGUUUCCAGACCCAGACACUUUUGCAUUUGAUAGCGGGAGACAUUUCGCAAAUUCGAGAACGCGGCUCCCAGGAAGCAACUCCGGGACCAAGUAGAAACGGAGAAAAUCGAUAAGGAAUGUCCGUUCGACUGGUGGUUGUACUGGGAGUACAGUUCGCGUCGGCCGUAAGACGUUGUUUUUUGCUUGACCCACCUUCCACAGGACGUAUCACAACUCUGCACCCUACUUUCGACCCGGAUAUAAUUACUCUGCAACACAGUAGGCCAACACCCUGCUGAAACCAUGGUUCACAGCAGGGGUGCUGCGCUUUCAUGAGGUGGCCGGGAUUAUAAAAAAGCUGGCCACCUCCGUGAGAAUCCACUGCUCGAGCUGCGGCUCCUCUUCGGGAAAACAUCAAACGCGCAGAAGAUUCCGCGCGCAGCGUGCGCGAUUCGGAACAUGAAGAAACCGGGCCCUCCGCGUGGAGGGGGUUUCUUCUCCGUCGCUGGCGGCCCAGAAAGAAGCCGGCCCCUCCGGGUGGAGGGGGCGGCUUCUUUCAGGCGCUUGUGGCGCAAGAAGAAGCCGAAAUUUCCGGUCGUCCCUCCGCGCGGAAGGGUCGACUUCUUAUUUUCGGAAAGGGUUUGGGGUUUCAGAAGGCGCGCGCAGUGCGCCGAAGAGUUUUUUUUUGGCUGCUACUGUAUCAAGAACAAAAAUCCCCCCUUCCCAUAUCAAAACGGAAAUCUGUGAUGCAGAUUUGGGGCCACAAGUCAGCUUCGUCGUGCUAGAAGGGAAAAGAUGUGCACCGUAGUGCUGGGUGUCGUGGGAAAGCCUUGCAUCUUCAGCAUGGCAGGAGGCAGCUGGAGGUGGGAAGCAGCAUGACAAAUUGCCAGCAAACGAGGCCACACCCGCGGCCUCCUAGCAAUACAAGCCGACUCGUGUACUCAAAUACAGCUUCACAAAUUUCGUUUUCGAUAUGGGAAGGGGGCACUUUUCCUUUUGAUUUACUGAUCGAUAAAUAAACAAGUCGUGGACCACGCCUCCGCGCGAACUCGAGGACGAUCCAGCUUGUGCGAUCUGCGGUGCCCUGUCCCCUGCCCUCGCCAAGGCAGUCGCAGUUCCAUUCCCUUGCGCCGGGAAAUCUGCAUAAAUUAUUGAUGAUCUGUCUCUACUACCUGAUACAACACAGCAAGUUUUUGCGUGACCUUCCUGAUCAGGGCGUCGUGUCACAAAUCUGCACUCUGCUGCUUUCAGAGACAACACAUAGGACAACGCAUCACAAAAUUAUAAGGUCACCGACUCUGCCGGGGUGCUCUGCAAGUUGUAAUCGACCACGAGAUCCCACAAAUUCUACUUCAGGUCCAAGAGUAUGCCCCUGGGAUUCCUACUUUCGUGGAGGAGCAAAAGGGAUAGAAGGUAAUCCAUGCGAGCGGUCCGAGCGAUGUCAGCCGGUACAUGAUGAGUUUGUCAUGCAAGAGGGGCAAAAGUCUGUGUCUGCACCUUUCAGAUUACAAAUUCGGCAAACAAUUCCAUGCUUUUGUUUGGCCCAAGUUCUUUGUAAUGCGAAGUAGUUUCUUGGUUGUGUGCUGGAUGCUGGUGUUGAUCAUGGUUGUUUUGCGUCACAAAUCAUGUAUCAGCAAGCCGCGUAAGGCUUGAGAUUCCCAUAACGACCCCACCCCUCAGUUGCGGCACCGAACGGUAUCCAGCGGCACCUCCAUCAACGGAAACCCAGCGCACACGGUAUGGCGUUCUCAAGCGUUACAUUCUCAACUGUUACGUGGAUUUGUAAUGCAAAAAUGGCAAAUGUGCGAGGGAGAAGAUUUCGCCGUUUGCAUUACAGGUUUGGCACAGAUUUAGAUGCUGUUCAGCUCUUCGGAAAUUUGUCAUGCGAGGCAGCUUGAUGGCGUAGAUACUGAUGAGAGUUCUGCAUGACAAAGCAUGCAACAGCUGAGAGCGUAACAGUUGAGAACACCAUACACGGAGAGAGCACCACGUGGAACAGCAGUCGAGUACGCAAGAAUGGACGUCGUACAGGAUAUCAACAAAGUGCAGCUCUACACGUUCCUUACCUCCGGUGAGAAGCGGUUGCGGUACGUUUACGAGGAUUACCGAGAGGAGGAGCGAAAGCUGCGUAAACUCGAACUCGACGCCUUGUGGGUGAUCUUUCGACGCAUUCCUCCGGCCCGGAAAGAAGCAGCCUUCAAAAAUAUCAAAUGUAAAAAUGUCUGGGUCUGGGAGAUUCCGAGAUUUGUCAUCCAGUUUUUGCAAGCUCCCCCACGUCUGGAAUGCAACGCCUAGCAUCACAGGUUCUGCACCCUCCUUGGUAAUGCGUAUUCUCCAUGAGAAAUGCCCUCUCAACAUGGCCCGAAGUGGGCACCUUUUCCACGUUAUGCAUCACAGAUCUUUGUAGGAUCCGAAACACGCAUCACAAGUUCGGAUCCUUCCAGACCCAGACAUAUUUGCAUUUGAUAAAAAACCGUGUGGAACCAAACGUGAACUGCUCCAAAGGUUACUUGACGGACGACAUCUAUCCUGUGUGUAAAAUAAACGUCCCCGAUCUAGAGUUGUCAUGCGGAUUUAUUGCAAGUGCAGGACUAUUCGUGAUGCGGAUCCACACGAUAGGCAUUUCCAUUCAUGUUCGCGCAUUUUUUGUAAAACUGCUGUAA